GGAAUUCGCGACCAGAUCAUUCACCCCAUCCUUCUGACCUUGUCAGCCUUCCACCACAGAAGUCAGAAAGGCUUCGACUUUGUGUAACCAUCGACUGAAGCAGAUUCACUGGGUGAGUGGAAGCUUGAACUUGUUCCUCACAUAGCCUUUUGUCAAGUCGACGAGGGAGGUACUAUCGGUCCUUCCAAGGUUGUCCUUGACGACUUCCAUCAUUUUCACCUUCCCAUUGACUUGAUAUUGGCCACCGAUCAUAUGCGACUUUCUUGCAUGGACUGACACGGUUGACAGUAUCCAUCCCUCGUACCAACCAGUCUACACCACCAGCUCGGUCCUGUCAAAAUGUCCUCGACAGCUCUUCCCAAGCGCGUUGCGCUGCAUCGCAACCCAACCACGGAGUCCUCCGUCCCCAGCUCCGUCUCUCACUCUCCUUUCGACAGUCCUCGUCAGUCCCCUUCGUCAACGUCGCUCUCCUCAAUGGCUUCGGAUGCCGAGAACACCAGCGGCAAGAUGAUCGACACCUAUGGUAACGAGUUCAAGAUCCCCGAUUACACUAUCAAGCAGAUCCGGGACGCCAUCCCUGCUCACUGCUACAAACGCUCGGCUGUCACGAGUUUGUACUAUGUCUUCCGGGACAUGGCCAUCCUUGCGACUGUCUUCUAUGUCUUCCACAACUAUGUCACCCCCGAGACCGUGCCUUCCAUGCCGGUGCGCGUCGUCCUGUGGGCCAUUUACACCGUCAUUCAGGGUCUGGUCGGAACCGGUGUUUGGGUUCUGGCACACGAGUGCGGUCACCAGGCUUUCUCCCCUUCCAAGAUCUUGAACGACACAGUUGGAUGGAUCUGCCACUCUCUUCUGCUUGUCCCUUACUUCUCCUGGAAGAUCUCCCACGGCAAGCACCACAAGGCCACCGGUAACCUCGCUCGUGAUAUGGUCUUCGUUCCCAAGACCAGGGAAGAAUAUGCCUCUCGCAUCGGCCGUGCCGCUCAUGAGCUCAGUGAAUUGAUGGAGGAGACCCCCAUCCUGACCGCCACCAACCUCGUUCUCCAGCAGCUGUUCGGAUGGCCCAUGUACCUCUUGACCAAUGUCACCGGCCACAACAACCACGAGCGCCAGCCCGAGGGACGCGGCAAGGGCAAGCGCAACGGCUACUUUGGUGGUGUGAACCACUUCAACCCUUCCAGCCCCCUGUAUGAGGCCAAGGAUGCCAAGCUGAUCGCCCUGAGCGAUCUCGGUCUCUUCCUUGUGGGAAGCCUCCUCUACUAUAUCGGAUCGACCUAUGGCUGGCUCAACCUCCUUGUCUGGUACGGCAUUCCUUACCUCUGGGUAAACCACUGGCUCGGUAAGUUCCUCUCGUCCACCUUUCGUGGCAUGGAACAGGUUUUUGCUGACUUGUAAAUAUAGUUGCCAUCACUUUCCUUCAGCACACCGACCCCUCCCUCCCCACUACCGGCCUGAGGCCUGGGAUUUCACCCGUGGAGCUG